GACACUCAAGGAGGCCCACGGAGCGGAGAGUGGACGAGUGUCUCCCGCCGCCGCCUCUGCCCGAGGUCGCACACUGAGCAGGAUGUCAGACAAGCUCAAGGAACGCAAAAGAACCCCCGUUUCCCACAAAGUGAUAGAAAAACGGAGGAGGGACCGGAUUAACCACUGCUUGACUGAGCUGGGCAAGACAGUGCCUAUGGCCCUGGCAAAACAGAGUUCUGGAAAGCUGGAGAAGGCAGAGAUCCUUGAGAUGACUGUCCAGUACCUGAAAGCCUUGCACUCUGCUGAUUUUCCCCGGGGAAGGGAAAAAGCAGAACUUCUAGCGGAGUUUGCCAACUACUUCCACUACGGCUAUCACGAGUGCAUGAAGAACCUGGUACAUUACCUCACCACGGUGGAGAGGAUGGAGACCAAAGACACCAAGUAUGCGCGCAUCCUCGCCUUUCUGCAGUCCAAGGCCCGCCUGGGCUCAGAGCCCGUCUUGCCGCCGCUGGGUUCACUCCCAGAGGCGGAUUUCUCCUAUCAUCCAGCGGGACCCGAGUUCGCGGGCCACAGCCCGGGUGAAGCCUCGGUGUUUCCACAGGGCGCGGCCUCGGGACCCUUCUGGCCACACGGCGGGGCCCGAAGUCAGGCGCUGCCCUACCUGCCCAACACGCCGGGGCCUCUUUCCAGCCCUGCGCAGCAGCACAGCCCCUUCCUGGCGCCGGUGCAAAGUCUGGACCGGCACUACCUCAACCUGAUCAGCCACGCACACCCCAACGCCCUCAGCCUCCACACGCCCCAACAUCCCCCAGUGCUCUGACGCUGACCACCGGCCACC